AUUGUGGCUGGAAUCAAUUACACGAUAAAAGUUGAAGUUGGCCGGACAACUUGCACCAAGCAACCAAGUGAUCCCCAGAGCUGUGGUUUCCAUCCUGAGCUGCAGAUGGCUGAG